AUGGACAUUGCAAUGCCUGAGGGCGCCAUGGAGUACAAAGAUGCCCCCCCCGCCGCCGUAAACGACGAGAGUGCCCGCCGUGGAUUGCUCGACGACGCCAUUUUCCCAGCCUUUGGCAACGAUGCAGGUAGUCCCAGUGUCGAGUCGCCCGAACAGAUGCAGAAGAACGACCCGCUGGGCACGCAAAUCUGGAAGCUGUACUCGCGAGCAAAGACGCAACUGCCCAAUGCAGAGCGCAUGGAGAAUCUGACCUGGCGCAUGAUGGCCAUGAACAUGCGGCGAGCCGAGAUGGAUCGCAAUAAAGGCCAUAGCCACCAGAGCCACCAAAGUCGCCAAAGUCGCCAAAGUAGCCAAAGCAGCCAGCAUAACAGCAGCGGAAAUAUGCCUCCACCUGCUGUGAGCGCGAGUGCAACACCGAGGCCGCAACCCCGAACUGCUCCCAGUGGCAUUGCCCAGCAGUUGAGAAAGUCUGCCGGCUAUCAGCAACAGGAACAGCAACAGCAGCAGCAGCAGCAGCAGCAACAACAACAACAACAACAAUCACAACAACAGCAACAGCAACAUCAGCAAGUCCAGCAGCACCCAUCACAUCAUCAUGGCCUAGAUUCAAUGAACCUGGACGAUUUUAUAUUUCCGUCGUCGGUUGGCAGCCCUGCAGGCCUGUCGCCAGGGCCAGACCUGUCCACCAACGAGGAUGCGGCUCCGUUCAAUGCAAUCGCCCCAGCGAUACCGAUAAGAAAGCCGAAUCUGGCCAACGACCAUAACCUCGCCCUCGCCCGCGCCUCUGCACCUUCUGUCCCUCCUACUAUCCACCGAGAGAAUGAGUUUGGCUACGUGCACCGCCACGUCCGCAAGACCAGCAUCGACGAGCGACGACCCCCCAAGCGGCGCGCCGAAGCCUCCCCACAGGUACCUCCUGUCAACAGCAUCAUGAUCCCAACCGACGCCCAGGCCGAAGCCGACCUCCACCAGUACUCGCUCGACCAGCACUCGCACCACGACCAGCACAACAUGCAGCCACCGACCUUCCCAGCCUCGCAGGCCCAGGCCCCCUUCUCCAUCGACACCUUCCAGAUGCCCGAGGAUCCCAUCAUCAAUUCCGCAGGCCCCUUCCAGCAAAACUUUGGCUUCUCCCCCGUCGGAUCCCCCCUGAUGAACCACAACGCCUUCGGCCAGAACAUGUUCAACCCCACCUCGAUAGCCUCCUCGCUCAACUCGACCGACUACUACUCUCCACCCAGUUCUGCCUUUCCCUCCACUGCCUCGACGCCACAGCCGAUACCAGACGACAAUCACAUGUAUUUCGACCGCAACGGCAUGGACAUUCGCACUUCACAUGGCGGCGCCUCGUACGGUCCUCACCGCCCGUCCAACCUCUCCACAUCUAUGCAGCCCCAGUUCCUCUUCGACCCUAGUGCUGGUGGAGGGGAUUCUGUCUUUAGCCCGGUCACCAGUGCUAGCUCCUCACUAACGUUUUCAGCCGCUUCAUUUGGUCCCUCGAGUCAUGUCGAUCCAUCCCAAGUACUACACAACAACCUCCCUCUUCGACAACAACAUGAAUUGCAAAUGACGAGACAGGAGAACAUGUUUAGCUUUGGUGCCGAUUCGGACGCAGAGGAUGACGAGGGGAGUGCUUUUGCAGAUCGAACGAUGCCGUCGCAGGAAUACUCGCCAAUGGAAGAUGGUGCGCUGGACUUCACCGCUGGCUUCCAAUGGGAGACGAACCUUUCCAAUCAAUUCAACCCGAUGCAAGCGCGUUACCCGGCUGGCCCUCCACGAAAGACAGUCACGAUUGGCGGGACAGAAAUGGUGCACUCACCGCAAGAUCACUGGAGUCCCGGGGCCAGCCUCGGCCGGACUCAUGGCUCAGCAGCCUCGGUGAGCGAUAUACGCAAUCGUGGAAAUGACCCACGCCGCCAAAAGAUACCCCGCACUAGUUCCACGCCCAACGCUGCUGGGCUGGUGCACCAGGGAAUGCAUGGCCGACCCAUGUCAUCGCCCAACUCACCACCAGAGUCGGGUUACACUUCUGCAGCACCUUCGCGACCCCAAAGUCCCGGCGGCACGAAACCGGGCGAAGGCAGCACUCCCACAACCUGCACGAACUGUUUCACCCAAACCACGCCCUUGUGGAGGCGAAACCCCGAAGGACAUCCGCUUUGCAACGCAUGUGGUCUCUUCCUGAAGCUGCAUGGUGUAGUCCGACCGUUGUCGCUCAAGACGGAUGUCAUCAAGAAGCGCAAUCGAGGCAGCGGUAACGCGCCCGUAGGUGCAUCGUCCGCACGCUCAUCCAAGAAAUCGUCACGCAAGAAUUCGAUUGCACACACACCAGUGACAACUCCAACAUCGCAUAAAGCGGCUGACUCGGAAUCGCCAAAGUCUACGGGCUCUGGUGGUGGUGGUGGUGGCUCAUCAAUUAACAACCUUGGCUCCGCCAUUACACCGACUUCCAAGUCCAACGGUGUAAUCGCCAUUGCCCCUGGCCCACCAAAGGCUAAUAAUACUACCUUCAGCGCACCUCCCAGCCGCGGAACGAGCUUGGCGUCUGCGCCUAAACGGGCUCGAGGUCAGAGUCGAACUGAACCCCAGGAACUUGAAAUGGCUGAUGCAGAAGAUACGAAUGGAAGGGCACCUGUACGCAGGAGAGAGAUCACCACUGUUGCGAGUUCCAGCUCGCUUUCGACUCAAAAUCUCGGUGCUCUCCCCAUGGGUGCCAUGGGGCAAGGCUUGCAAUCAUCUGGCCCUGCUGAAUGGGAAUGGUUAACCAUGAGUCUAUGA